CUGGCGUUAAGCACGAAAGAGUAAUGGCGUCAGUGUUCAUGUCUCGUUUAAGUUCCGAAAAAGACGUGUUCCAGCUGAAUGUAACACAAGUUACCCGUGGUGGAACACAACCGGGGAAGUUUAACAAAACUCAUCCCGCAUUUGAAUACGCGUUACACGGGAAACUCCCACGGGACAAGAAGAAGCCAUUAGCUAUAGCAGAAAAGACGACUAGCCCCUGUCGGUGGCGGACCAGAGUGGGCAGACGGAACUUGCUGACCACCGCGUCCAACGGCAGCGCUAACGGGCUCCAGGAGAUCUCCGACAGGCUCGCCGACAACUUCUCCAUCCUCCCGGGUCAUCACUGUGCCGGAGAGGAGGAGGGUGAAGAUGAUGGCGGCGGUGCUUGUUUGGUUGAAGGAAGCGGCAGUGUCAGUAAAGCGUCUACACAGCAGACCAGUGAGAGACUCAUCCUGCAUGGCACAAUCAACGAUCUCAGAGAAUCCUGCUACUGUGGGCUGCAAAGAGCAUUUGGAGCAAUGGUGGCAUGCUGCUGAGCUAAAAGAAGCAAAGAAGGGGAAUUAUCGGCUUUUGCAAGAGGAAACGUAUAAAGAAAGAGCCGGUGAGGCGGCGAUGGAGACGAACAGGAAAUUCAAGACUGCAGUCAGAACACAAAAGAGCGGUGGAAGGAGGCUCUGCUGCCAUUCAAGCCUUGUCUCAGCUCCUGAUUGUGCAGCGCCAAACAAUCUGAGAUCCCAUCAUUGCAAGUAGCCAAAGGUACCACUAGACCUGGACACAGCUUCAUUCUGGUCCACCAAGUCCACCAGUGUGCACUGCGCUUGAGUCGCAGCAGUGUGCCAAAACGAUAGAAAUCCCUGCCUGGUUCACCUGAAAAUCAACGAACUGAAAGUAAAUGGACUGAACCACCCCGCCACUCAUCUCCCAUGGAUAAUCUCAAGAGUAUGUGUUCCUGCCUUGAGGGAGGUAGGGUGGAGGAUUUUGCCCAGUUGCUGCAGGACUGCCACCACAAACUGAAAUUCCUACAGGAGAAAAUGUCAGAAUCAUCAGUCACACACAUGGAGGCUUUGAUCCAACAAAUAACAAAGCUAGACAAAGAUCUUGUGCAACUUGUUGCGUCCAAGCACUCCAUCUGUAGCAGCUGCACGUCUGAAAAUAAAGCUGGGCUGCACCAACAAGUCAGUGCACCCCAAAGCCACACGAUGGCGCUGGAUCCUAGCAGCCAGUGGAAACAACCCUGCUGUCUGAUGCAGGAAUGUGAUGCAAGGUUGCGAGUGUUGUCCUCAGGAGUUUCAGACCUGCAGAAGACUGCAGAGUCCAGCACACAAGAGGUGCUUCCAGUCGAUGUCACCAUGACUAUCCAAUCCAUCAAUAAAGACAUUGACAGACUGAGGUCCAUUUUUCAGAAAGUGAACAUGGCUAACGUGGGGGAGAAAGUCAGGAGCCAAACAGUCCAAUCAAAACCAUCCCUGGCUGACAAGGCUACAGAGGUUACGCAAGGGGAAAGAGACGUAGACUCUGAAGUUGCGCCUUUGAACAACAACACAGAAAGACGUUAUUCUUCCACAGAGGCUGCCAUGCAUACGUCAAAUCUUCUGGAUACCAAACAAGUCCAACAAAAGACAGACAGCUCUGUCCAACAUACUUCAGAUCGCUUCAAAGAUGCCUUUGCCGCUAUUCACUUAUCAUGUCCUGAUCAUUUCAAGUCUCAAAAAGAGAUGCUUUUAUCUUCCCCUAAAACUGACACAAACAUCUUAAAGACACUUGGGCGAAAACAUGACCUCAGCACCUUACAAGAUCCUUCAACAAGUGACCUUUCUGCGGCCAAAUGUUCAUCAUCAGAGGAGGACGUGUUGGACUCGGGACAACCAGACACACUGAAGGCAAUAACUGAUACAGAUAUGCUUGGUAAGGAUGUCAGCAGAAGCCCAAAGACUGUGCUUACAAUUGUAGAGAAAGAUGCCGUCAAAUUACCACAAUACGCAGAAACCCAUGAAAAGACACACGCUGUGGCCUCUGAGUCAUGUGACCUCAUCACAGACACAUUUCCGGAUGCCAAUCUAGAAGACAUUACAGAUAAGUGUCACCCUGAGGCGCAAACACGCCAAAAUAAGCAUUUGAUUCCAAAGAGAUGGACUGAUUACACAGUGGCUGACUUACUGUCAUCAUUGGAGGACGCAGAAGUGAUGCAAGUUGGAGAAGACAUGGAGCGUGAGAGUGCGGAGGAGCUGGCGGAUGACCAAGAGAGGACACCUGAGUCACCUGGACUGUCUUCAUAUAAACGCAGAUCUACCAUGCAGGACAUUUUGUCUCAGAUCCAGAACAUGAUAGAAAAAAGCAACAUUCUAAAUAGGACAUUACACAUGGAUUUAAAUUGGUGCCUUCAGUCAUCACCCAGUGAAGCGGAGAUCAGAAUGGUAAGAACAGUGCAAAAGAUUCUACUAUGUCGCUAUCAUCCAGCACAGCUGGAUAUCUCAGCCAUGGCCAAACAACUGGAGGAGGCAGAGGACUACAAGCGUAGCGUGGUGGACCAAGUUGCCAUGAUGAAAAGUACCAAUUUAUCUCACCUUUGGAGUCCAAAUGUUUUGAAAAGACUGGAAGCCCAGUGGAGUACUGCGCUUCUGGAUGCAUCCGCUACAGUUCAAGUCAAAACAGCACAACUGGAUCAGGUCAAACGCUAUCACAGUCAGCUGAAGAAAACCAAAGCUUUCCUGGAGGCCGUAGCAGCUCAGAAGAACAAAAUGAACUUGCAUUCUUUGGGGAGCAGCACUUUACAAGCUGAAAAGUUCAACUCCCUUCUACAAUCUUUGGAGUAUCGUGAAGAAAUGUGGCAAGAGCUUCUUGCAUUGAGUAGCCACUUGGCCGUGCAUUUGAGUGAUGCUGAAAGUUCUGGUGCUCUUCUGGCUCAGCUUGGAGAUGUCCAGGAUGAUUGGAGGCUUUUGAAAGGAAGCAUCAAGAGAGCCUUAUGGCACGCCGCUAACAUUGCAUCACAAUCCUCCCUUCUUAUGAAGGAGGCUAAACAGCUUAAGGACAAAAUUGGAGCUAUCCAAGAAUCCAUUCUGUGCCAUGACACCAAAAGCACUUUUGAACUGAUUUGCCUAAGCACAAACUUAAAAAUGUGCAACCAGCUGCAUGUUCACUUACAGUCCAUGUCAGAUUCUCUUUUCCAGUUCUCUGUGGGACAAAAAGAGAAGUAUGGCAUUAAACAUUACCUGGAAGAGUUGGGGACCUUACUGAGAACCACCAAAAGCAACUCUGAUGAAGCCUUUGCAGCUGCAAAGCAGUUCAAAGACUGGAUCACAUGGGCGAAGCAGAUCGAAUACCAUAUUUUGAUUUCCAAGAAGUUGUCUCUUUUCCCAGAAGAAGCUCAUAUUCAGAUUGCUGAGAUGAAUGAAUAUCGCACUGAGAUAAUGACGAGAAGGUCACAAAUGAAGCUUAGUGAAGCUUCCGAAAUUGAUAAUGAGGACCAAAUGUUGAAUGCAGUAGAAGAUCUGUAUGAAAUCAUCACCGAAAGCUUGGAUCAGGUUCUCCACACAAUGACAGCAAAUCUACAGGAAAGGGAGAAACUAUUACUCCAACUUGAUAGCAUGGAUGCUUGGCUAAAAGAAAGAAGUACUAACAGAGACCCUUGUGCUCAUGUUGAAAACGUGUUAAGAGUCGACAUCAGCGCACUUGAGAGCAAGCUAGAAAGUCACCAAGUAGCUGCUCAUGAUAUCAAAAAACAUCUAAGCAUGGUUGAGGCUUUGGAGAAAAGAUGCAAAGAAGUAGCAGAAGGCCUAACCCCUGGGGAGAGCCGCUACCUUGUCAACAGGCUCUCCGGCAUCUGGACAGAAUUAGAUGGAUUGCUGGCACGGGAGACAGCGACCAGCUGGCAUUUGGAAGAGCUGAUUCAUGAGCGUACCUCUUCUGAUGAGGAACUAGCCACCAUUAAGGAUAGUCUGAAGAACAUAGCGUCUUGUUUGGACCAGCAGAGGUUCCCAAUGACACAGGAAACACCCUCAACGAUUACCCUCCUGAAGCACAUGCUCAUGGAGCACCAAUGUCAAGUACAGGAGAUUCAACACUGCAAGGAGGUGCAACGUAGCUCUCUGCUGUGCACCAUUGGAGAACUGCAAGAGAGGUGCAAAGUUCUUAGUAUUCACAUAAUUGAGCAAGACAAGUAUCUGCACCUGAAGAAACAAAUGGAGGAUUCAAGAGACAUUGGAAAAGAGCAAAUCCAGCAAGCCAAAAAUAGAAGUUCAAGUUUGGGUGAGAGGUUCAGGGUAUGCCAGGUCCUCUUGGUUGAGCUCCCAAUGAUGAAGACACAGUGUCAAGAAGCAGCAGACCAACUGGAGGUGAUCGCCCAAGAGCUUUACCCGACAGAGCUGAAUUCAGAAAGGCGACGCAUUCGCUGCACGGUGGAGAUGUUUGCUUCUUGGGAGCACGCUGCCACAGAUGAGAUAAAACAUCUAGAAUGCAAGCUUCUUAUGGGUUUGCACUUUUCCUCCGAGCUCGCUGCUUUAAAGCACUUUUUUCAAAGAACAACAAAGGAGCUGCAAGACACCGAACCAGUCAGUCCAGACGAAAAAAACAUUGAUGUUGCGCUACUAAGGCGUUGGGUUAUCUGGAGAAACAUGGAGUCUGGGAUGCGAGUGUUGCAUGUUUUGGCUUGGAAAGGGAAAAUCAACCUCAAAAGUCACAGUGAUCUGGAGUUACUUCAAGAUGCUGCCAUGCAGAAAUGUCAUAUACAGAUGGAAAGUUUGUCCAAGGCGCGAGAGUCCUUAAAGGAUUACCACUGGGCUGCUCAAGGAGCGAUUCACUUCCUUCAUAAUGCUGAAAUUACAUUUUUAUCAGCUCCUGGUGGGUUUCUGGACUGUACGGAGGAACAACAUCAGACUCAGCAGGCCAUUGAAGCCCUCGAAGAUGGAUUUCAAGCUCACAUCCAGCACCUUAUUGAACUGGUGCCCCAACAACCCUGCCUUUCUUGUGCAAAGACUGAAGAUCUGCACAUCAGCAUUGUGAGCCGGUUGUUGGUGGGACGAGCCAUACUGGAGGCUCAAGCUAAGCUCAGACUGGAUUCCUUGCAGAGAUGUGAACUUCGACAACAAAGCCAUGGGGCUUGCCAUUUAGACAUACAGUAUCAACUGACUGGAUUUGAAGCCCAGCUGUCUGAAUGUGCUUCAGAGGAAGUGACCUCAUAUGAUAAAUGUGCAACACAACACAAAAGAGCUAAGGGUCUGAUGGAAGUUGUUCGGAUGCUUGCUGGAAGGAUAGAAGAACUUCGAUGUAGAUGUCCCAUGCAGGGUUGUGGAGUUGGAAAGGAUGGUGAGCUAGGUGCCUUGUGGAGGCGCUGGGUAUCACUGCGGCAUGGUGUUGGUCUGCUCAUGGCACAAACCGAUCAGAGAGUGGAGGAAUGGAAAGACAUCACAACUAGUGUGGAGCAGUGUUGCAGCACACUGUCUACACUCCAAGUCAAAGUUUCUGACUCCUCCACUGCAGUGUUCACCCAAGAUGAACUCCAAAAGCUUCUUGCCCAGGCAGAGCAGCAGCAGGUUGGUCUGGAACAAGAGCGUCAGACUUUGGCCUCCUUGGAACACAGACUAGAGCAUGCCUUAAGCUUAACCACCUCCAAAGAACUCUGUAGCCUACCUGGACCUUUUGGAGAAACACUUGUGAAGAUUCAAGAAAGUAUCGCACGUUUGAAAGAAAGAAACCUCCAUGUGAUAACUGUUGCUCAGAUGGAAGAGAAGGAGAGACAACAGGUUGUGGAGAAGAUCGGAAAGGUGGAGAAGAGCUUGUUCACCAUUAACGCCGUGCUGGAAACCAACAUGAGUUCAGAACAACACCAGGAGCUGAGAAAAGAUCUGUCUGCUCAGAAGACCAAUAUAAAAUGCAUUGAGGACAGUGUGCGCCAGCAAUAUACUGACAUUCCUUCUGAUAUUGGCAAGCGCAUAGAAACCGUUCAAGAGUCUGUGCUUGCAGCUGAGAAGAAGAUAACAGAACAGAGCCCUGCAGUUAGAAAAGUGGCUUGUCAAAUAACAGAGUUGACUAGUGGCCUGGACCAAGUGAAGACAUCACUGGAGCAAUGGAGUGCCAAUGUCACCGAGGCUAAAAAUAAUCUCAAACAUGUGUGGGACAAGUUGGACUCAUGUCACAGUCGCUUGAUGCUUCUGGAGAGUGAGGUGCAGGAUCUUGUUGAGGAGCAACCAGACCAAGCGCACCUCUUCAUGGACCAGCUGACACAUCCACAGCAGCUCUACCAAAAUGUGGCACAGAUGGCCGAGCAGCGCACUACUUUCCUCAACAAGAUUCCCACCUUUUUGCAAGAGUUUGAAAACCUUCUGAGCAGCGCCACCUGCUGGUUAGAUGAGGCCCAGGCAUGGCUAAGUAACCCCUGCUCUCUUUUGACAGCCAGAGGCCUCCAGAAUCAUGCAAACUCCCUGCAGAUGGUCUUGGAUGAUUCUGCAAGAAUCGGGAGCAGCCUGAAAGAUUACAGACCAGUGUUAGCUGAGAUCUCCGCUGUGUGUGACCUCAGUGCACAGGAGGAACAUAUGGAUAGCAUGGACAAGGAGGUUGAAAAGAUGCAAAAGAACAUUUUGGAGCCACUGGAGCAGCUCCUACAAGCUGCCGGGGAAGUGGAAGCCUUGGAAGAUGAGCUAAAGACUCUGGAGGAAAAUGUCCCAAAAAUUCAAAUAAUUUUAUCUUCUACGAACGACUCCAGCAUCACCUUGACAGAGCAUCUUCACAACCAGCAGGUGAUCCUGGACAAUGUCCACUCGAUGCAAAAGACAUUGGACGAGAUGGAGAGCUACAAAGAAGAUUUACGCCUCCCACAAGAGAUAAAGGAGAGUUUGGUGGUGUUCUCCAGAAUGAAAGUUCUCCUGCAGGUGCUGAAAGAGUUGGAGCAGCUCACUCAGCAACAAGUCAUUCUCAUCCAGGACAAGGUUUUGGAAGAAAAAACAAGAGAAGGACAGGAUAUUGCCCUCAUCUCCAAACUGUGUGCAGAAGUAUCACACUUAGAUGGAUCUCCACAAGGACACUUUGCCCAGGAGGCUUUUGAGGACUCUAAUUCAGAGGAAGAUGUAGACGAAAACGAGAGUUGUCACUCGUCGUCCUCUGACACACUAACAUGCAGUAUUCCCGAGGACCCAGACGACACGCUGUAUGCUUCAGAGGUGCAAGGAGACGACUCGACUGAAAUGAACGCACCAUCGGACGUGAAGGACAUGGUCACUGUAUCUGGGGAAUUUUCUUCUGAAAUUGAGACAAAUUUGGAAAGUGCUGAAAGACUCAGGCUUGAUUCCAUGAACAACGAGCGAGAAAAUGCACAAAGUGGAUUAUUAACAAUGGAAUCCAGACUGGACACAGAAGCUACUGGUGAAGUACUGAAAACUGUGUCACUGGACACCAAUGAAGACCACCUAGCUAUUACAAUCCCGGCACCGAACCACUCCACAGUACCAACAUGUGACACAUUUCCCCAUGCCAAAGAUACACAGUGUGCACUGCAGGACAUAAAGCCUGUUGCUAUCGUUCCAACUACAAGUCAACCCACAGUUACACAUCCAACUCUGGAGCCAAGUGGAGUCAUCAUCAGUGAUUGUGAAGUGGAUCAAAAUACCAAGGAGCCUUCAAAAGUGUCUAUCAUAUUGGGAAAGCCAGACAAGGAUGACACGGAGGAACAAAAGUGGAACCAUCUUCACACUCAAAUCUCUCAGAAACUGCAAACCUUGGAAAAAGGUCAAGAGGAGCAUCAAAUACUCCCAGUUGGGAUGGUUCCAGAAAAAGAGCUGACUGGCUUGACUUCUGCUGUUCUCCAGCAUGCAGAUGAGUCUGUCAACAUGCUGAGUAAAAUAGUGACCUCUGCAGAUGAUCCAUGUGAUAAAGAGCAGUUAUACUUGGCUUCCCAAAGGGUUCUUCUGUGUCUGGAUGCUUUCACUGACCUUUUGUUGACCUCUGGAGGUGCAGGAGAUGUAGAAGACAACCAGUUGAGGAUGUUACACCAAGAGUGUGUGUCGAUGGAGCUGCUGAAUCUGGCUGAAAUGCUGAAGCAUGCAGAGUCAAAAACCAGUCGUGAAGAUCCAGCCGUUGUCAGAAAUUUAGCAUCUCUUCAGAAAUGUCUACACACUAGCCAGAUGCUCCUCACAUCUGGCAGAAAACAAUGCGUAAAAGAUUUGGGUCUCCAAAGUCAACAUCAGGAGCUGUUCUCUCUCUGGCUGGGUUUUAUGGAGGAUAUUCAAGCGGGGCAUAGUGAGAUUUUCCCAAGUGGAUCGGAAACUCCACCUCUGGAGCAGUGUGUGUUGGGUAGACAUGUGAAAGAUAGUUCAGUGGAAAAGACCAUGAUACAGAAAGCGUCCCACUCAUUACUUCACGGACUAAGUCGCCUCCUGGAUCUAGGUGAAAUAUGCCUCGCUGAAUGGCAGGAAAGACCUGCUCGAAACUGCAGCCAACUGCAACAUUGUCUGCUCAGAAACCAAAGGUUCCAGCGGGUUCUUGGAUCUCAGCUAGUUUUUGUGCAACAUUUAUUCCACCGUGAGCUGUUAGCACUUCGGGGUCAGGAGGAUGAGCGAGUGCAGCUGGAAGCUCGAGCCAAAGCUUUGCAGCAGCAGUUUCUGGAGGAGCAAGUAGCUUCUCAAUGGAGGCUCCAGGAAUGGAUCAACUGGGAGGACAAUUGCAGUCAGCUUGGGAAGCUGAUAGAUGAGCUUGACGUCUUCCUCAGUAGUGCCGAAGCAACAGAAGACGAUGGGGAGGAGUCCUUGGUACAACAACGGCUGCAUGCCUGCCAACAAAUUCUGGUCCAGUUGGACAGGAGCAGACCCACUCUGGGAUGGCUCCUGGAUCAGAGACGUGAGCUGCAAGCAGACCCCUCGAUUGCCUACUCAGUCAUUCAGGCAGGUGGCGCUCUGGAGCUGCGUUGGCGAAGUGCAUACAGACACACGGAAAAGGAGGUUCAGCGCUGUGGCAACAUCCGGGACAGCAGGGUCAGAUUCCAGACAGACUUAGCCUGUGUUAGUAAAUGGCUGCUUGACACCAACAAACAACUGAAGAUUUGGUCCAGUCUCGCUGAUUCCUCCGAGGUGAACCAGGAGAGUGUUUGCAGGGGUCUCCUCGAGCUGCUGGAUUUCUCCAUCUCGAUGGAGACCAUGUCUUACCACAAGGAAUCAGCCUCCAGAGAAGCUGCUCGGCUGCUUCGUCUGAGGGAAACUGAAUGUCCCGACCUGAGAGCUCAACUCACAAAACUGGACGUCACCUGGUGCAAGCUCACCUCUGACCUGUCAAACAUUCAAGAUCAGCUGCAACAGAAGCUGCUCCUCAUGUGGCCCCCUUUGAAGCUGCUGUCUGAUUUGGUGGACUGGCUCAAGAAAGUGGAGUUCCAACUGAACCAGCACAGAGAAGAGGUCCACCAGGACAAAGACGCUGCUCGGAUCACUACGACCCUGCAACACUACCAGGCAUUAAAAGCAUCUUUGAUCAAAGGGCAGCUUCUUCUCGAUUUCCUCUCCCAAACUGGGCCUCGGGUGGAGGGAAUGGAUGUGCAGGCUCUCCGUUCGGAACGGACAAUGUAUGCACAGAAACUUGGUGCUCUCAGACAACAGUGGCUUCACCUGCAAGGGGCGCUGGAGAGCCAGAUUCAUGCAGAUGGACUGCUUCAUCAUGCUUGUACAGCCAGAGAGAAACAGUUGGAGCAUCUUUGUCGCUCAGUGGAACAGCAGAAAAAGCAAUUGAGUCAGUGGAAACUGUCCACUGGUCAAACGCAGACUCGUAAGAUUCUGCAGGAGUGGGAGACUGUUGUUGGAAGAGUAAAAGAGGUGGCUGCAGCUUUGCUGGGCAUGAAAGCCACACCUGUGUUCCCUGAAAAGGAGCACCCAUGUGAUGUUGCGUUUUGGGAACGGGCUGAGACUGCCAGUCGUGCUUGUGAGGAUCUCAGUCAGCAGAUCCAAGCUUUGUAUCCCGCUUUGGAGCUCACUGAGAAGGAAUGGACUUGUUUGGACCAAAAUCUGAGGGAGGUUUCUUUGAACACCAGUAGGGUCCGCUCUACCUUGCAGCUUCACAGAACACCCCUGUUUUCACUGAAGCAGACAGAAGAUUACAUUGAGCACAUUCAGCAACUCCAGAAGAGGGUUGGACAAGGGGAGGAGCUUUGGAAGGAUAUCAACCAAUCAUUUCAGAGUCUUUUAAAAACUCUUGAUGGGAGAACAUUGCACUCAAUUGGUGACCGGAUGGAACAAGAGCGACAGCGGAGGGAGGAUGUGUUAGAGGACCUGAAGAACGAACACAAGAAGACGGAACGGAUUCUCACCCUCUGGCAGCAGUAUAAUCCCGCUUGGAAUACUUGCUCCCUUCAGCUGGAACACCUGUGGAAUCAGUUCUCCUCCUGUCCCCCUCAACAGGAACCGCAGGUCACAGUCCUCUCAGUGGAGAAAUUACAGAAUCUUGCAGAAGAACUGCAAAACAGUGUGGCAGAUGUGUUGGCCUUAUCGAAGACUCUCGCCGGAUGUCUCCAACCACCGGCUGCCAAUUUGCUGGAAUCACAGAGCAGACAGCUGUCCCUUGAGGUCCUGCUCCUGAACCAAGCAAUUGGAGACAAAAAGAAAAGCCUUCAGGAAGAUGUAGACAACUACCAACUCUUCCACACGCAGCUGGAAGCGCUUGAACAGCAGACACAGACAACACUGUAUAGAGAAGACUCCUGCAUAAACGACAAAGACGUUGUCAAGCAGGAGCUCCUAAAACUCAUUGAACUGCUUCCAUCACUGGUUGAUGUCAGCGAGAUGAGCGGCUAUGUGAGCCUCAGCAAGCAGGAGACAGAGACGCUGCACAUGCUUAGCAACCAAUGGACCCACAGUGUGACUCACAUGUCUUUUGUAUACAGAACUCUGCAACGCAAUCAACAGCAGUCCCAAGACUUUCACCAGAAGUGUAAGGAGCUGACGUCCAUUCUGGAGGAGCUGGAGUCAGAACCUCAAAGUGGCUUCAACCUCCAAGAGAUCAUCACUGUCCAGCAGAGGCGUCAGAUUGAAAUGAUUACUGGACAAGAGCUUCUCCAAAGUCUACUCCGAGAUGCAGUGAAGUCCAUGGAAAUGCCAAAAGGGGGAAAAUCUGAACUCAAGACCCAAGUGGUCCAACUACGGGGGAGGUGGUUUAGGUCUGUGUCGUUGGCAAGCCAGCACUGGGCUGCAACAAGAGAACAGAUCUACCGAUGCAGGGUCUAUAGACGUGGCAUGAAGCUGCUGGGGAAGACACUGAGGGCUGUUGACAACCUGCUGUCCCCCUCUCAGCCUUCAUUCUUCACUUUAAAGCAGCUUCAGAGCCUUGCAGAUGGAUGCCAGUGUGUUGAAGACGCGGUGGGGCUCCACCAAUCCAAGUUCACAAAGAUUAUGGAGGCUGGCAGACGUCUGUGUGAGACCACAUUAGAAUCAGACAGCCUCCAGUCUGAGAUCCAGUCCAUAGAAGGGGCCUGGAAACGCACUAACUCACUGCUGGAGGAGAGGAGAGCCCUGGUUGGCGCCGCUGUUCAGGACUGGUGCAAGUGUCAGGAUGGAAUAAGCAGCAUCAUGUCUGAGCUGGAUGAGCUGAGGAACCACUUCUAUAGGCAGCCGGUUGCCAAGAUGGCCACAUCUGAGGCAGAGGAGCUAAUUCAGAAGACGGACCUCUCUCUGCGCCAUCUAGACGGCGGAUUGAAGGACCUGGCCUCCAUGAAGACCGACUUGUUCCAAUAUGUGGCGACGGGUGACUCGGCUCUGCUGGAGCAGCAGCUGGAGCAACUCCACGUCCAAUGGGAAGAACUGUGCACCAAGGUGUCCUUACGCAGACAGGAAGUGGCAGACCGUCUCAACGCCUGGACUAUUUUUAAUGACAAAAACAAGGAAUUCUGCGAUUGGCUCACCCAGUUGGAGAAGAAGGUGUGCCACAGUGCAGAUCUCAGCAUUGAAGAAAUGGUGGAGAAGCUGAAAAAGGAUUGCAUGGAGGAAAUCAAUUUGUUCAGUGAGAAUAAAAGCCACCUGAAGCAGCUGGGGGAGCAGCUUAUUUUAGCCAGCGACGAGGCCAAGCAGACCCAAGUGUGCGGCUCUCUGGAUGAAGUUAACCAGCGAUGGCACAACCUCUUCCAUCACAUUGAAGCCAGGGUGAGGAAGUUAAAGGAAACUUUAGUGACGGUGCAGCAGUUGGACAAAAACAUGAGUAACCUCCGAUCCUGGCUUUCCCGCGUUGAGGCCGAGCUAUCCAGGCCCAUCACCUACAGUGUGUGCCAUCACCAGGAAAUCCAGAGGAGGCUGGCUGAACAGCAGGAGCUGCAACGGGACAUCGAGCAGCACACAGAGGGCGUGGCGUCGGUGCUCAGCCUGUGCGACGUUUUGCUGGGGGACGAAGAUGCUGCUGGCGCCACCGAGGCAGAAAGCGAUUCCCUGCAGGAGACCAGUCGUAGCCUGGACCAGCGCUGGAGGACCAUCUGUGCCAUGGCUCUGGACAGGAGGCUCAGAAUUGAGGAAACAUGGAGACUGUGGUGCAAGUUCCUAGAAGACUACUCGCGAUUUGAGGAUUGGCUCAAGAUGGCUGAGCACACUGCUGCCAACCCCAACUCAGGAGACGUCCUUUAUUCAGUCGCGAAGGAGGAGCUGAAGAAAUUUGAGAGUUUUCAAAGGCAGGUCCAUGAGCGACUGACCCAGUUAGAACUCGUCAACAACCAAUACCGCCGCCUGGCCAGGGAGAACCGUACGGACCGUGCCAGCCAGCUUAGAGCUAUGGUCCAUGAAGGCAACCGACGCUGGGACACUCUGCACCGACGUGUGGCUGCCAUCCUCCGCAGGCUCAAGCAUUUUACCGGUCAGAGGGAAGAAUUUGAAAGCACCAGGGAGAGCAUGCUGGUGUGGCUAACGGAACUGGACUUGCAGCUAACCAACGUCGAGCACUUUUCCGAGAGCGACGUCCAUCACAAGAUACAACAGCUUAGUAGUUUCCAGAAGGAGAUCACCAUCAACACCGAGCGCAUAGAUGGGCUGAUCGUGUUUGGAGAAGGUCUGAUCCAGAGGAGCUCACCCCAGGAUGCUGCUCUGAUAGAAGACGAGCUGGAGGAGCUUCACUCUUACUGCCAGGAGGUUUUCAGCCGACUGGUCCGCUUCCAUCAACGUCUCAGCCAACCUCCAAUCAUCACUGAACCAGAGUUCCAUGGCUCCAGCUUUUCCAUGGAGUCCAGCCUGGAGCUGAUUUGUCGGCCGUGGCUCGGCCGGAGCCAAGGCAGCCAACCAAACACGCCCUCGCACCUGCUGACCUCGCCCCUGGAGCAUUCCGGGAGGGAGACACCAGUUAGCGUGGACUCGCUACCGUUAGAGUGGGACCACACCGGGGAUGUCGGAGGGUCAUCUUCCCAUGAGGAUGACGAGGAACAUGAGGGGCACGAGGAAGAUGGAGUUUACUUCAGCGCUUUGUCAGUAUCAUCCCGAAUCAAUGAUUCAGUAUCAUUGGCUGCCUAUGAGAGUCCAAGAUGGCGGUCACCAGAAGGGGACACGGACGCAUGCGAUGAUGUGGCAUUACCCACCCUGACCAGCACCCCCCGAAAGCAGGGCUAUGAGCGUCAGACGUCACAGUGCAGCAACGACACUGAAGACCUUAAAAGAGUUUCUCUGAUCCUGGAUGACGAGGAGCAGCCAGAGAUUGGUCUGACGAGCUUCGCUGCCUCAGACCAACAGUCAGGUGUCAUCGAACGCUGGGAGCUUCUCCAGGCUCAGUCCAGGAACCAGCGACAAGAUAGUCUACUGGAUCCCCAACAUGUCACAUAUGACCUUGAUGAUGUAAUUUCCUGGUUAGACACCAUUCAUCCGGAACUAGAGCGCCUCCUGCAGUCUCAGCCGAGCAACACAUUGGUUGACAUGACGGCCAGAGCUAAAGAGCUGAAGGAGUUGCAGAAGAUGUUUACUCGCUACAAGGGAGUCAUGUUGUCAAUCAACCUGAGGGCUCUGGAUGUCCCCGAGCAGCAGGAGAGGCUGGCUGGUCUGAAUCGAGCCUGGACCCGAGCUUCUACAGUUCUCCAACAGUGGGACACCAGUCUGAGGCGGACUCUGAUGCGCUGCCAGGACUACCAUGACAGCCUCCACUCUUUGCUGCUGUGGUUGGCCCACGCUGACAAGAAACGCCACACGGUGGACAUCAGGCAUCCAGAAACACCUGUGCAAGCUCUCAAACAGCACCAUCACACCCUCAAAGUCCUGCAAAAGGAGCUGCUGGAGAGGCAGACUCAGCAGGCUUCCCUCCAGGCUCUGUGGUCUCAGCUCCAGCCAGAGGAAGAAUCGGAGGGAAGCGACGAAACCCAGGAGAAGCUCCACGUGACGGGCACCAAACUGAAGUUGCUCCUGGAAGACGUGUCCCAAGACUUGAGCAUCCUUGAACAACAGCGUCUGGAUUGGGACACGAAUGAAGGUCAAAACAUUCCUCCAGAUUCUUCUCAAGAGGUUGCUCACAAAGAAAAAUCCACUAAAAGAAGAGACCCGUCCCCACCUCGGUCCUUCUUCUACCGGGUGCUGAGAGCCGCCAUCCCCUUUCACCUCCUCCUGCUGCUUCUGCUUCUCCUCCCCUGUUUGGUGCCUCAGUCGGAGCGAGACUCGAGCUGCUCUGAAGCCAACAACUUUGCCCGGUCCUUUCACCCCAUGUUGCGCUACACAAACGGACCGCCGCCGACCUGAGGGAGGAAGAGAAGAUGCUGGACUUUUUUCUAAAGUCCUGGUUUCCUCAACAAAAAUACCCAAAGUGUAGAAUUAGGAUAUUUAUGUGUGUAUUUGUUACAUGAAUACACAUUUAAUUUGAUGACUUAGCAAGUCCUGUUGUGCUCAUACACAAAAGUAUUGGGACACUUGGUCAUUAUACCUGCGCAGGAAGACAAGAAAGUUGGGGUGAAAUUUCAGGAUGAAUUUCUGAACGCAUUCUAUGUCCAAAUUGAAAUUCAGGUGUCUGAACAGGUGUGAAUGGACCUGGACUUGGUUCAGUUCUUUUCUUCUCAGGAGGGAUGCGGCCACUGAGCUUAGAGUUGUGCUAAAAAUACCAAAACAUCGAACAGUUGGACGUGUGUAUUCAAACGUUUAGAGAAGGCCACAUUACGUUCACCUGUAAAGGUUAGAUUGCAUCUUAGACUCAGACUAAAUCUGACCCAAUCAUCAUUUCAUGUGAAAUAUUUGACGUUAGGGUUUUGCUUCCUAUAGUUUACACGUAGUCAUAUCAAGUUUCUAUUUUGUAAAUGUUUCUUUUUUUUCUAUGCUGAUGAUUUUUGUAUGUGUACAUUAUUAUAUUUCCAUCAUAAAUGGAACAUGCACUGUCAAACACACUGUAGAUGUAGCACUGUUUCAUAUCAUGUACAGAAUUGAAUAAUAUAAUAAUUUAUAACCACUCCAGACACCUUUUAGUCAUUUUUAUGGGCCUGCUGGGCCAGCAUUUGAGACCCAACUUGUUGGCUUUCAAGUUAUGCCUUUUAAACUACAGUGGAACCUCCUGUUUUUGUUAUUAAUUUAUUCCAAAAAACAGACAAUUUUUACCAAUUAAUCCCACCCAUAUCUCCAACUAUAGUAACAAAAUAUAUAUUU